AUGAAACUGAAUGCCGAACAUCCGAACAUUAUCAGCUCCUUAUCACACCCAUGCACUCCCUACUCAGUGUUGAUCUGGACGAGGUCGAAACUGUCCGUUUCAGCAAUCAAGUCGGCGAUUCUGAUCCAGAAAUGGUAUCGACGCUGUCAGGCACGACUGGAAGCACGACGCCGAGCCAGCUGGAGCAUAUUCACGACGCUCGAGUACGCCGGCGAGCAGGAUCAGCUGAAGCUGUACGACUUCUUCAGUGAUGUCAUCACCGCCAUGCUAAACAGCGAAUCCCGUGAUCCCGGGAAUUCGCCAUUCGCUUCCGAAGAUAGCGAAAACGAUUUCCUACGCCUAAUGGAGACGGCGGAUCCAAAUAAAAUCGUGGUCGAGAAGAACUAUAAGGGUCCGGUGAUCACGAUUCCGAUAGACAAGCAUCAGGUCGCUGCGAUGUUGGAGGCGUUCAAGGUGAACAAGAUCCUGCAUCCACGAUACGUAGUGAUGAUCCUAUUCGAGGCCCGCCGGCUUCUGAAGCAACAACCGCCAAUUAACGGCUAUCCAUCGUUGGACAAUCCAUACAUCUUCAACGGUGAUUUCGUUGACCGUGGAGGGCAUUCCAUUGAGGUGCUCUGCUUGCUACUAGCGCUGUUCAUCAUGGAUCCGAAUUCGAUCACGCUAAAUCGAGGCAACCACGAGGAUCACAUCAUGAACUUACGCUACGGAUUCACCAAGGAACUUCAAACGAAAUAUAAGGAUCAAGCGUCGGUAAUCGCGAAGAUUUUGGAGGAUCUGUUCUCAUGGCUGCCGAUCGGGACCAUCAUCGACAAGGACAUUUUUGUUGUUCAUGGCGGCAUUUCCGAUAAAACAGAAAUUGCUCAUCUGGAAAAGAUUCACAGAAGCAGAUACCAAUCAGUGCUUCGUCCAGCAGUGCGAAGAGGUGAGCAGAAGAAUUUAACGAAUGCGGACGAAUGGAAACUAAUGUUAGAUGUUCUGUGGAGCGAUCCGAAGCAGAACAAAGGAUGUUGGCCAAACGUCUUUCGAGGUGGUGGAUCGUAUUUUGGACCCGAUAUCACCGCCGCUUUUCUCGAAAACUUUCACUUUCUCCUUUUCAUAAACAACUUUUUGGUGCUUCAAAUGUGGCGAGCAUUUCUUGAAGAGCAAGGAGGGUAG